AUGUUGAGAAUUUGCAGCAGGGCUUUGGUGAAGGUGGGGAUGGUGAAGCCCUGGCAAUUGGUGAAACCUGUAUCAUCGACUCUGGUUGCUGGAAGAAACCUGAGCCAGCAGAAAGGACUGCCCAAGAUGCCUGCCCCCCCUCCUCUGCAGCAGACCUGUGAGCUCUACCUGAACUAUGUGGAGCCCAUGGUGGAGCAGGACGAGCUGAGGCGAACAAAACAGCUGGUGGAAGAGUUUCAGAAAGCAGGAGGGGUUGGAGAAAAACUGCAGAGAGGCCUGGAGAGGAGAGCAGACAACAGUGAGAACUGGAUGACAGACUAUUUCACGAAGGUUGUGUUCAACAAUCGUAACCCUUUGUUGGGCUCUUCAAAGUAUGGGGUUAUCUUUCCACGAAUGGACUUCAGGGACAAAAAGGGACAAAUAAGGUGUGCUGCCCAACUAAUUACGGCUGUAUUGGAAUUUAAGACAAUGAUUGACAAUGGUACACUUCCAGCUGAAUACAUAAGAGGGAAGCUGCUGUGUAUGAAGCAGUACGAGCAGAUUCUGUCAUCCUGCAUUGUCCCUGGUCUGGAGAAAGACUCAUCGGAGUUCUACGCAGAGAAACACAUCACUGUAGCACACAACUGUCAGUUCUUUGUACUGGACGUGUACAACAGUGAUGGGACUCCGCUGACAGUUGAUCAGCUCUGUGUUCAGCUGGAGAGGAUCUGCAACUCCCCACUACAGAACAACACGGAGCGUGUCGGCAUCCUCACCACAGAGCAUCGUGACAUCUGGAGCAAAACCUACAUCGACCUCAUCAAGGAUAAGACCAACAAAGAGUCAGUGUUGGCUAUCCAAAGCAGCAUCUUCACAGUGUGUUUGGAUGGAGCGAUGCCCCCGGAUGAGACGUUUCACAACAAUGCCACUGAACAAGUGCUGCAUGGAGGAGGCAGUCAGUGGAACAGUGGAAACCGCUGGUUUGACAAGGGGCUGCAGAUAAUUAUUGGAGAAGACGGGACAUGUGGUAUAAACACCAUAAGUUCUAAAGCUGAUGGUGUAAUCGUCAUGAACAUGUGCGAGAAAUUGUUAGCUGGCAUGAAAAAGCCACAGGUGAUGCAGUCUCCCUUGGGGCCGUUGCCCGUACCCCAGAGACUACACUUCAACAUCACACCACAACUCAAGAAGGACAUUGAGGAGGCCAAGCAGCACCUGGACAUAUGGUCCCAAGACCUGGAUUUAAGGAUUACGACAUUUGACAACUUUGGGAAAAAUUUCAUAAAGGCCUACAAGUUAAGCCCUGAUGCUUUCGUACAGAUGGCGAUACAACUGGCCUACUACAGAAUACACCAGCAGAUCCCUGCAGCGCUGGAAUCUGUCUCCAUGCGUACCUUCAGACUGGGCCGUUUGGGUUUUAUCAGUUCAAACUCGCCUGCCUCAGCUGCCUUUGUCAAGGCCUUUGAUGACCCCAAAAAACAGAACUCAGAGAAGGUUGAUUUAUUGGAGAAAGCUAUGAAGGCACACAAAUGGUACACUAACUUGGCAAUGGAUGGCCAUGACAUAUACAGCCACCUCUGGGCUCUGAAGAUCCAGGCUGUUGAAGAAAAAAUCUCCAUACCUGAGAUCUUCACCGACAUCUCCUUCUAUAAAACCUUAGACCAGGGAUUCUAUCCAAGUCAGGUACACAGCAAGGCUGGAAUGAUAUGUUAUGGCGCUGAAGAACCAGGAAUGACCGAAAUUGUCUACGGUAUCAUGGACGAUCACAUUGAUUUCAUGGUGGCCAAUUUUAAAUCACCCAAUACCGGCAAAGAAAAUAGAACACAUAUGACCAACACAGUGCAUGAUGCACUGUUGGACAUGAGGGCCCUGCUGGAACAAACUAAAAGAGCUGAAGCUAAUCCAGACUUAAACCAAUAG